AAGUGCCCACCUCUCAAAGCGCAGUUAAUUCGAUUUUGUGAAACUAAAGCCUGAAAAUGCGUCGAUUGUUGAUCGCUGCGUGUCUUAUUGCCACGAUUUGUGCUUACCACAUCCAGAAACAAGACUUUGAUGUGGUUAUAGACAAAGUGGAGUAUUCGUCUAAAGUGCCCCUCAAGUACAACUUUAGGCGCGGAGCGCUCAAGCCCACCGAGGAAGUGUUGCUCGAAUUGUCGAAAACAUUGGACAAGACGAAAAGUGGUACCGAAGCUAUUAUCAAUGACUACGCUGACAAGAUUUUUGCAAAUUUGCACGACUUGAUGAUCCAUGGGUUCGACCCCAUCGAAAUGCCUGACCAACACUCGGGGUUCAAUUAUACUCUGAUCAUUACGUACCAUGGUGAGUUGGACCUGACCCAUGGAUGGUUGAGCGAUAUAAGUACCAUCCAUCGCGGUGGCGAUGUCGUGGUCACUUACAGUUCAAAUACCAAAUAUUUGGAAGUUACGGUCCCCAUCGCUUUUGACGACAUGCAGUUCACUUAUGACUACAGCGCAAAAAUCAUGGGUUUGGGACCCACGGGAGGAAUCGAAGGAAAGAUCGCUAAAUUGACUUGCGAAGUCAAAAUUGGGUUUGAUGUUGAAGCCAUCCAAGCCAGUUUGGACGAAUUCUAUAUCACAAAUUCUGGACAUAUCACUUUCCAUUUUAAUGGAAACGUUCUCGUUGACUGGCUCCUCAACUUGUUGACCGAUGUCACCACUAUUCUUUUGAAAGAAGUCAUUUUGCUUGUGGUCGAAGGUGUCGUUCGAGGAGGCUUGACUUCGGCCGUUGAUGCCAUAAACGACGCUAUUAAUGGGUUUUUGAACCCAACGACGCCCAUCCCCGACACAACACCAGCCCUUAUGUACUUUAAUUAGAUGUAACUGACUUAACUUUACCGCACAAUAAAUUUCUGUUUAUAUUUUGUGAA